AAAAUCUUUGCAUCAUCUCUCAUUCUCGUCCGUCCUGUGCAAUCUUCGUAGUGGAUGAUGCGAUGCUAUGGAGGUGCUCUUUUGUUUGUAACAACAUUGCAGAUCGGCAGGUUGGCUUUGAUUUCUUUGAUAGGCUUUGGGUUUUUGAAGUUGAACGUGGGUGGAAGACUUGUCCCGUAUUUUGGUUCGUUUCAAGGUGUCGGUGAGUUGGAGUAUGAGUCGAUGCAUGGUUGGAGGUAAUGGCGAGCUUAACUGGCAGCGGCGUAAGGUUUUUACAUUCGAAGACUCUGCGGCUUAGGAUUUCGCAUACGUUGAGAGGGGAGCUAUCAGUUGGAAGUUAAGAGCGCUCGUGGGGCUGCUGAAGCAGAGUUGGCUCUCGAGGUUUUGUUUUUUGUGGGAGUUUCUCUCAUUGUCUCUGUCACGAUGAAUAAGGAGAUGCAGAAAGAAUUGCAAAUUCGUCGCAGGGUGCAAAACAUCUACAACAAGAGGCAGGAUGAUUUUCCGGACUUGCGCUCGUACAAUGACUAUCUCGAAGACGUUGAGGACAUAAUUUUCAAUUUGAUCGAAGGAGUAGAUGUUGCCUCCACGGAGGAGAAGCUCAUGAAGUACCAGAACGAGAAUUAUGAGGCAAUCAUAGCGUCCCGGGCGCGACGAGCCGAGGAGGAGGCUGCUUUUUUGAGGAGUGGGCAGUAUCAUGCGGCUGGUGAUGCUGCACCGACGACUUUGGGUAUUGAUCCUCAGGUGCAGCAAAGUAAUCUUCCUGCAGUUACCGCGGCGCCUGGGAAAUACGCUCCCACGAUGUUUCUGCCACCCAGGCCAGCAGGGCAGCAACCUGUGCCUUUGGGACCUCCGUCUUACAAUGCGAAUGGGGAGCCGGAAGAUGAGCAGACGAAGCGGAUGAGGGAAGAGAAAGGAUUGCGCGCAGGAGGAUGGACUAUUGACAUCACUCGCCGGAGGUGUUACGAGGAAGCAAUAAUGAGUAUCUGGGUUUCCUGAAUCCAUACCAUGUUUUUUUGCUAUUACGUGUGAAUGCAUUAUUCUGACGAAGUCGAUAGAGAUGAGUACGUAUUCUCCUUUCUGUGCAUGGUGAAGAUGAUAUGCUGGAAGGCGUUAGUGAUUAUGGCUUUGUCCGAACGGUUUCAGAAGCCCUUUGAUGAGCUUUAGUGUUUGUAUUUGUUGACGAAGCUGUAGUCAUUUGGAGUGGGAUUGAGGAGACCUUCAUGUAUUCAUUCGAAUUAUAAUAUUAGUCUUCAAUUCACUAGAUGAUCAGUUGUAGCAGACGGAACCAUCUCUUAGUGGCCGACACCAAAACUUAGUGCCAUCAGUAUCCUUUCCGUUUCAUUGAGUUCAAAAACAGGCUCAAGUGUUUAACAACUAUUUAAGGCUGCUCUUUGAGGUCGGGAAUUCUGACCGGACAACUUGACCAUUUAAGCACCUGAUGACAUCGGAGCAUUUCGCAACCGAAUAUAGAACAAUAUUUAUCUUCAGCAGGUUUGGGAUUGCUUCAAGAGAAUUUCGUUCGAAUAACAGCUGGACUGAUCGAUUCCGUAGCUCAUGUGAGCAGUGGAGCUUUGGGUAUUAUUCUCAAUUGCCUAACGACAUCGUGAUCAUAACCUGACUAGAAAUCGUGAGUAUAUAUAUAUAUAUAUGCACUGUACAUUAGAUUCAGGAACUACCGUGUAGAUCAUAACUUGCAAAGACAAUUUUAUCUUUGUGGCCUAGACUAGAUUAUCAGGGAUAUGUGUGGGACCGUGGAUUGCAGUGUUGGAUUUUGUAAUGCGUUAACAUUCGUUCGUUUGGGUAUUAUACACAUGCAUUUGCAAUUGGCA